CGCAGGUAGUAAAGCGUGUUGUCGGUCUCUAUGACAACGGGUAUAUUAAACCUUGUAGGGCUGGAGAGGGACAGACGCAGAUUAUGUGCGCAGGUGUUGCUCUCAGACGAGCAGACAGUGUGUGGGCCGGUUAAAUGGAGUGAUAUCCACAAAGCGACCCGCGUCAACUCAACAGGAAUACUCAAUAAAGCAAUAAAGCUGCUGCUGUGUGACAAGAAUCUUGUUUAAAUUUGUCUCCGAUCUUCUUCCAGUGACGAUUAUGAGUGAGGUGGUUUGCACAAAGCCUCAGGAGGAAUAUGAGGACGACUUUGAGAAGGAUCUGGACUGGCUGAUCUGUGAGGAAAGUCGAAGUGAAGACCAAGGUCCUGACUUUGACGACAUAGAAGCAGAAAUUGACAAAGAACUGGAGGAUGAUGACGAGCAGAAAGGAAAGAAAAGAAAACUCAAUCGCCACAAGGAGGAGAAGAGAGGCACGAAAACAGGGGAGCUGGAAGAAGAUGAAGAGAGGUGGCCCUCACCCAUGGAGCCAUUUGAGUUUGACUCAGACAGAGACAGCCCGAAUAAGUCAUCAUCUAUAGCCCCGCCACCCCCGAGGAUGGAGGAACAGACUGAGGAGGAGAAGAAGUUCAUUUUGGAGAAGAUCCAGCAGGCUAAUCAAGACUUGCACGACCAAGAAGCUCCAGAUAUGACGAGGCGUAGGCGGCUGCAUUUUAAAGAGACGCUGGUGGAUCUGGUGGUGCCUCCGCGGCAAGAUGGGCACACUGGUGAGGGUGAAGGGGAACAGGGAAACAAGGAUUCAGAGGCGGAGACCGACGUGUCAGGGAAGCUGUCGGAGCUUAAACUUUCCCCUCGGGGGGAAAGCGUGGGAUCUAACAGGGCUGUGGAGACCGCUGAGGGAGGAGGAAAGGAGGGUAGAGUCCUUGUGGAAAAGGAUGGUAAGUUUGAUCUGGUCAGUCUGAAAGAGGUGGAAAGCCAAGGACUCCUCCCUCCUCUGGUGAGCAACUCCUCCCCACGUCACCAGCAGCCAACUGUGAGCUCCAGUAAGACCCACAGGUCCUCCCCCUUCCAGCCAGGCACGGAUCACCUCCGUGCCCCCAAACCUCCCGCUCAGCCCAGGAACCGGCCCAGUUCAGCCAGCCACAGCCAGAGAGGCGGUCAUCUGGUCAGCAAGCGGCGGGUGCAGUCGGCCACCGGGACACCCUCCCAGGCCACCUACACCCUUUCCCCGCAUCAGAAGGAGCUGCUGCAGAGGAUCCGGGAGAGGAAGGAGAAAGUGGCCAGAGAGGAGGAGCAGAGGAAACUGGAGGAAGAGGAGCAGAAGAGGCAGGAGAACGAGCUGGCGUUUAAGGCGUGGCUGCUGAGGAAGAGGGAGCAGUUUCAUGGGGAGAAAAGGAUCCAAAGAGCCCAGGAGAUGGAGAAGAUGAGUUCCAAGCAGACAGACUCCAGCGACUGUGAAGAUUCCUUCCGGCUGUGGCUUCAGAGGAAGCAGGAGCAGCAGCAGAAGGAGAGACAGCUGGUGGAGCUCAAGAGGCUGGAGGAGGAGGCUGGUUACCUCCUGCACAGCCGCGAGGAGUGUGAACGGGCCUUCAAACUGUGGCUGAAGCGGAAGUGGGCGGAGAAGCGGGCGGCGCAGCAGGUGACUCGAGAGCGCUCCCGCAGGUUGGUGCUGGAGGAGCGGCGCGUGCGGCGAACAAGGGAUCUGCUUUGUUCCUUCAAUGAAACCAAGCCGUUCAGAUUCACCGAACAGCUGGCCUACCGCUUCUGAAGCAAACCCAGACUGAUGGAUCCACACAGACUGGGCCGCUGCAGACGUGCAAUACAAGACAUUUAUUCUCUGUUCAAUCGUUUCCAGUUUAUUUUUGUCAUUACUUCUGUGCUGCGUUAACACACAUUGCUCCAAAGAGAUCGUUUACCUCAGUCUGACACAAAUGUAUUGAGUGAAUUAUUUAUAUUUUACUGUAUUCAACGCUGUCUAGUGGCAAAUGCACUUUACUUUAAAUGGAGCACUUAAUAAACAACAUGGCUGUGCAUUUAAAUACACACGCUGAACCAUUUGUUACUGGA